AUGCGUCCCACACUCGCCGUCACUCUAUCCCUUGCAGCAACCGUGGCAGCCAAGCUCCCAGUGCGCACCGUCUUCCAGUUCGCCUCAAACGACACCUGGCUGGAGAACCUGGCCACCAGAUCCAAUGGCAUCGUCCUAGCCACCGAGAUCGGUCCUCCUGCCAGCCUUCUUGCAUUUGAUCCCCGUCAGAUACACCCGCAGAAGAAGGUGAUCAAGACCUUCGACUCUGUCCUGGGUCUGUCGGGCAUCACGGAGGGCGCCCACGACGUUUUCUACGUGACAGGCGCCAACACGACAUCUGACAACAUCAGCGAUCCCCCCAAGAACGCCACCCACGUGUGGAAGGUCGACUUCACCAAGGACAGCGACAACCCCGAAAUCAAGCUGUUGUGCCGGCCCACUGCACCCACAGGGUUCAACGGCAUGGCCACCUUCAACGAGACCAUCCUGCUCGCGACAGCCAGCUACCAGGACGCCAUAUUCGCGAUCGACACCAACACGGGCGUCAGCUGGGAGGCCAUCUACCAGGAAAGCUUGAUGUCGUCCAUCAAUGGCAUCAAGGUCUCCGACGGCUUCGUGUACUGGACAGCCAAUGGGGCCCUGUACCGCGCCGAGCUUUUCGCCAACGUCACGGCCGGUCCGGGUCAGUUAAUCUACCAGGGCAGCCAAUUCGACGACUUUGCCAUCGCCCCCAACGGAUUCGCACUCAAUGCCACCUACGGCUCCGACUACAAGUUUGCCUACCUGGCCACUGCAGCCGGGAAUACCGUCGAGCAGGUUAUCUUCACCCAGGAUGGUGUGGCCGUCGGUGACGAGAUCAUUGCGGGCGCGGAAGACUCUACGGAAAUUGCCGAGCCCACAGGUGUCUUCUUUGGUCGCGGGGAGAAAGAGCAGAACGCCAUUUUCGUCACCACGGGUGGUGGCAGCGCCGUCAAUGUCGAUGUCAAUGGUACGGAUGUGGCAGUGGGGGCUCAGUUGCUCGAAAUCCACUUGAACUAA